GGAGGCGGGCCGAGGGGAGGGUCCUGAGCACCGGGGGGCGGGCACGGCGCGCCCCCUCCCUCGCGCGCCCGCGCCCUCCCCCGCGCGCCCUCCCUCGCCGCCUCCUCCCGCCGCCUCCGGCCCCCCCGCGCCGGGGACCGAGCGCGCUCGCUCCGGCGCCGGCCUCGCCUCCUCGCAGCAGCGCCAUGGAUGAGUUCCACCCGUUCAUCGAGGCGCUGCUGCCUCACGUGCGCGCCUUCGCCUACACCUGGUUCAACCUGCAGGCGCGGAAGCGCAAGUACUUCAAGAAGCACGAGAAGCGGAUGUCCAAGGACGAGGAGCGCGCGGUGAAGGACGAGCUGCUGGGCGAGAAGGCCGAGGUGAAGCAGAAGUGGGCGUCCCGGCUGCUGGCCAAGCUGCGCAAGGACAUCCGGCCCGAGUGCCGCGAGGACUUCGUGCUGGCCAUCACCGGCAAGAAGGCGCCGGGCUGCGUGCUCUCCAACCCCGACCAGAAGGGCAAGAUGCGCCGCAUCGACUGCCUGCGCCAGGCCGACAAGGUGUGGCGGCUGGACCUGGUCAUGGUCAUCCUCUUCAAGGGCAUCCCGCUGGAGAGCACCGACGGCGAGCGCCUGGUGAAGGCGGCCCAGUGCGGCCACCCGGUGCUCUGCGUGCAGCCGCACCACAUCGGCGUGGCCGUCAAGGAGCUCGACCUCUACCUGGCCUACUUCGUGCGCGAGAGAGACGCGGAGCAGAGCGGCAGUCCCCGGGCCGGGAUGGGCUCUGACCAGGAGGACAGCAAGCCCAUCACGCUGGACACAACUGACUUCCAGGAGAGCUUUGUCACCUCUGGUGUGUUCAGUGUCACCGAGCUCAUCCAAGUGUCCCGGACACCUGUGGUGACUGGCACCGGACCUAACUUCUCACUGGGUGAGCUUCAGGGGCACCUGGCAUAUGACCUGAAUCCAGCCAGCACCGGCAUGAGAAGAACGCUACCCAGCACUUCCUCCAGCGGGAGCAAGCGGCACAAAUCGGGCUCGAUGGAGGAAGACGUAGACACCAGCCCCGGCGGCGAUUACUACACCUCGCCCAGUUCUCCCACGAGUAGCAGCCGAAACUGGACGGAGGACAUGGAAGGAGGCAUCUCAUCCCCGGUGAAGAAAACAGAGAUGGACAAGUCACCUUUCAACAGCCCGUCUCCCCAGGACUCUCCGCGCCUCUCCAGCUUCACCCAGCACCACCGGCCCGUCAUAGCCGUGCACAGUGGGAUCGCCCGGAGCCCGCACCCGUCCUCGGCCCUGCACUUCCCCACCACCUCCAUCCUGCCCCAGGCGGCCUCCACCUACUUCCCUCACACAGCCAUACGCUACCCACCUCACCUCAACCCCCAGGACCCGCUCAAAGAUCUCGUCUCACUGGCCUGCGACCCUGCCAGCCAGCAGCCUGGACCGUUAAAUGGAAGCGGUCGGCUCAGAAUGCCCAGUCACUGCCUCUGCUCAGAUGCUGGCACCCCCGCCUCCGGGGCUGGCGCGGCUGGCACUCUUCCCCCCUCCCCCCCAAACCCACCUCCGAGGGAGGAAGCCGGCACCGGCCUCGCCCUUCCUGGUAUCUGGGAUAAGGAAGAUCUCCCACGCCCUGCUCCUGCGUCCGGGGUGGGCCGCCCCGCCGUCCCCGGCCCACGUUUUCGGUGGAAAGUUAGAGCAAGCAAGAACACCCUGCCGACUCCCAGCCCAGCCGAAAAGACAAAACACAUAGACACAUAUACACAGGAGGAAAAAAAGAAAAAGCCAAAAAAAAAAGACAAACGGGAAAAAAAUCAUAAAAACAAACCCACCCAAGCAAGAAGACAAAAGGUGAAGACGGCCACACUCCGGCUCGGGACGCCACAGCCGCCCUGCCGCCCGGCGGAGGGCACGGGCGGGACAGUGCCCGGGGCCUCUGUUCUCAUCUCUGCUGCUCCGAGGGCAGGCGCCCGCCCGCCCCGCCAGGACCAGGUGAGCACAGCCCACGCCUGCCAGGCCCGGGGCAGGACGCCGGCCGGCCGCCUCUCCCGGCCCCUCGUCUCCUCCGCCAGGACCCGGCGGGCUGCCGCCUGGUGAUGUCCACGCCGGACGGCCGGCUCCGCGGAGCGGGGUGGGCAGCGGUGACCGGGCAGGAGGAGGCCGUGGGAGACCCUGGGCGUCGCCGGGGACAAGGACGCAGGGCAGAUGGGUUCACGGCGGGCCUGGGGCCGCCCCGGAUCGCCGCCCGCUCCCGAUGUGCCGGGCUGGCUCGGGACUCGCAGCCCCACGCCCAUCUGUUUGGGAAGAGAAGUCUCUAUGCAAUUGCCCCAGCCCCACCCGGCGGCACAGAAGGCCACCCCGCCCCCCGCACCCACCGCGGCCCGCACCCCGGGGAGGGACCCACGUUGCACACACUGUAAGAAAUGCACUUUCCAGGAAGGGGCUGCGGGCGGAAUGGCAAGACCCGGAGGUCCUCGAGACGGGGGUCGUCCGGCGUCUCCGUCCGCCCAGCCCUGGCGGGGCCUCCCGCCUGCCCAGAGGAGGUGGGAGGCGAGAGCGAGUGGAUUAAGUGCCUGAUUCCCACCGCCCACCCCUCUGUCCGGCUGAGACGUGAGAGUGGCCGUGGGCAUCCCCCCCUCCCCCACCACCCCUCAUCGCUGUGCUCCCCUCAGAACGACGGGCCCCGUGGGCCCGAGGGGCAGAGCUGGGUGUCCCCCGAGCAUCCUGCUGUGCCGGGGCGUGGGGGCGGGGUCUGGGGAAGCUGGUGUGCCCCCCAACGCCGCCUCUGCCAGUGCCUUACAUCCUGGAGCGACACCCCUCCCCGGUGCCUCAGCCCGAAGGGGGACUACGGUUUGCACUUUUCUCUCCCCACAGCGGGCACAGCCGGGGAGGCGCAUUGCAGCAGGGCCCCCAGAAGGACUGCAAUCCUGGACGGGGUGGGGGUUCUGGCGGAGGGGGUGCCAGCCCUCUGGGCCCCUGCGGCUGCAUAGGGGACCUCCAUCUGCUAAGCAUUUUCCGUUGAGCCGCUCCAAAAACACUAAGCUGGGGACACCGGGUACCCCCCACCCGGGCUCCCCAGCCCCAUUCCCGCCUCCACCCCAGGGUGGCCAUCUUGGGGGGCCCUAGGAGGGAGUGUUAGGUGUUCUAGGGUAACCAGGCCCAAACACAGAGCCCCCUCCCAGCCCGUCCACCUGAGCCCCCUGGCGGCCUCCAGCCUCCAUGCCUGGCGCUGAAGAAUACACCCCGCCCGCCUGCCGGCCGCCGAGGCCAAGCUGCGGCCCUGAGCGGGCUCCGCCUCAUCUGCUCCCAGCCCGGCCCUCCCCUCGGCGCCUCCUCCUGCUCCCCCCGGGCCUGGCCAGCCUCCCCCACUUCCAGAAACCGGACUUUUCUCCCAAACCAGUCGGAGGGGCUUGGCGGACCCACUUGAUCGUAAAGAGAAAGACCCAAGUCCCUUCGCCGACUCCCCCUCCCAUUGCCCAGAGGGUCCCAGGACCCGUGGCCCAUCCAUGGGUCCCCAGGGUCCCCCAGGCGGCCGGCGGGGACGCAGCUCAGGCCGUUGGUUGGGAGGGCAGGGUGGGGGGGGGCGGGGGGCGGGUCGAGCAGCUAGGGUGUCCCGCGCUCAGCCGGAACCUUAGGGUGCAGGGCGGCGGGGGAGGGCGGGGCCCGCAGCCCCAGCGACCUAACUUGCAUGGUGCUUAGUCGAGGACUCCUGUGGCCUGGCUCCUGCUGCCGGCGCCCUACAGCUGGCACUGCAUGGCAGAUCCUACCUGGCUCUAUCUCCCAGCCCCCCCACGACGCCCCCUCCUCUUUAAAAAAAAGAUACAAAAAAAAUACCUUUAAAAAAGCCCAUGUUUCCUAAUUUGCACGAAAUUUUCUACCACAUGAUGUGCCUUGCCUUCCGAAAAUAAGUAUUACCUUUACACAAUAUCAGCGCAAAGGUAGCUGCAUGCCCUGCUCGUGUAGUUAAAAAGAAAAAGACAAAACAAUGACAUGAAAUAAAAAGUAAAAAUGGAAAA